AUGAUGAUGUCCAACCGACCCCUGAAACGUCGUGCCUUGAACCUGCUCGAGCCUGAUCACCUCCUCCUCGACUCGAUGACACCUUCAACAAGUUCGGUGGAGAGCGUCGGUUCGACGACCGUCUCGUCGCCAGGCGCCAACUCGGACGGCUUCCAGAGCGCCUGCCCGAUCUGCGGCGACGGCGCGUGGAACAAGCACUUUGGCGUGCUGUGCUGCAACGCGUGCGCCGCCUUCUUCCGGCGUACGGUGGCGUUGCGGAAGACGUACUUGUGCGUGCGGGGGAAGCGAUGCGAUGUGGUGUCGGGCGAGCCGCGACACAUGUGCAAGUUCUGCAGAUUUCAGCGAUGCAUUUGGAAUGGAAUGUGCAUUAAUUGUGAGUUGACUUUUUUGGUGGAAAAAAUUAAAUUUUUUGGUAAAAAAACUUGAAAUUUCAAAAAUUUUUUUUUCUUGAAAAAUUCAAUUUUCAAAAAAAAUUUGCUUCAAAAAUCGCUUUAAAAGAUUUUUUAACCGUCUCUCCUCAUUCUACACACUAUUUCUCUCAUUUUUACUUUUUUUCCGGCCAAAAUCUCACUUUUCCUCAAAAUCAUCACAUUUCUCCCCGAUUCCUCAAAACUACCGUAAUCCUUCGGUCCAUCCGGCCCCUACAGCAUCAUAGCUCCUUUCACAGAGUUUCACACCGCUCUGUAGGGCUUCCUCAAUGUCACAUGUCCCCACAUCUCCUUAGAAGUUCUUGGAAAAAGCCAUAGAAUCGCGAGGGCUCGGCUUAGCACAACACCGAGCUCAACGACCAGGAUUAGUAAAAGAAACCCGCAAUGUUUACCGUAGAAUGUAGGAAGCACACUUCCAGGUGAAACACGUUAAUUUUGAAGGGAUUUUUUGCAUGAAUUAGAGAUUUUUGGACCUUUGGCGUGAGUUGAAAGAAACGGUACUUUGGCCUGAGGGUAUAAAAGUUGUAGUAAGUUUAUUUAAGAGUAGGGACCCCUAUGCUUGCGAUAAAUUCAAUUUUUUGUUACUGGGACUACUGAUUUUGCCUUAAAAAGUAAUUAAAAAUUCUUUCCGAAGUUUGGGAGGACUUGAAAUUUUUUGAACUUUUUUGUAUUUUAGCCUCGGGCAAAAAUCUUGUUUUUGUGUUUAUGGUAUCCUAGAUACUCUGGUUGUUAUUUUAAAUUCUAUUUUUGUCAUUUUGAAAGCUGGCAGUGACAAAAAAUGUAGUCAAAAUCGCUUUCAAAUUUGUAAAAUUUUCGUAUUUUAAAAAACGAAAAAAAAAAUUUUUUUUGAUCUAAAAGCAACUACAUGUCAUGCUUAUAAAUUUAUACUAUCAACUUUGUCAUCAUUAUUUUUACUUUUUCUGAAAACCACAGUUCAACUUGCACUACAUUUCUCAACUCUUGCAAGGCAUUUUUUCCCCACUUUUUUCCCAUAAUUUCCAAGCCAACGCUCUCAGCUGCGUAACGAAUAGUUCAUGGUCGAUAAACAACGCCGUGACCUAAAUUUCCCCUCCCAAACUAUAAACCGCGGACGCAAAUUCGUUCUAGUUUGGGCCAUAAGACUAUCGUUUCGCUUCGAAAAAGAAAUGCAAACAUUCUUGAGAGUUUUUCGCCCGCUUUUUAGACUACAUCUCGAGCAUUAAGUUUUACAUGGCUUUAUUAGUGUAUAAAAGAUAAAGAAAAAAUAAAAAAUUAAAAAAAAAUUGACUUUUUUUAAAAAUUAUGAUGACAAAACAUUGUAAAAUUAUUGUAAAUGCAUUGGUUAUUUAUUUCACAAGGCUUUAAAGGAAAAAUUGAUGAACUUAAUGAACUUUCAAUUAUAAAAAAUGGUUCAAUUUUUUUGAAAAAGAAAGUUUAUAAAUAUUUGAACAGGAUUUGAAGCUAAAAUCUGAAAGAAUAGGUCGAUUUCGGAGUUUGAACAGGUUUUUGAGUCCACAAGGCUAAAAUAAUGUACAAAAAAAAAUGAAAAAAAUAAAAAAAAAAUUUUGGGAUUUUUUGAUUUUUUUUUGAUUUUUUUAAAAUUUUGCUUAAAGAUUUUUUAAUUUUAAAAAUGAAAAAAUAUUUUUUUGAGAUUUUUAAAAAAAUUAAAAAAAUAUUUUAAAAAUUUAUUUCUCAAAAAAUUGUAUUUUUAGCGAAUUUCCGAACAAAAAAAUUUUAAAUUUUUUAAAAUUUUUUUUUGGGAUUUUUAGAUUUUUUUUUUAUUUUUUUAAAAAUUUUACUUAAAGAUUUUUUAAUUUUAAAAAUAAAAAAAAAAAUUUUAGCCAAAAAAAAACACUUUUUGAAAUUUUUAAAACUUUUUAAAAAUUUUAAAAAAAAUAUUUCAAAAAUUUAUUUCUCAAAAAAAAAAAUAUAUUUAUCACAUUUCCAAACAAAAAAAAUUUGAACAAUACCUUAUAUUGCACUUGACAUUCCUCCCAAAUUCCUCAAACUUUUUUUGUUCCGCAGCAAAGAACACUCUAGUUUUUGCACAAAAACUCUCUCGAUAGCCAAAUUUUUGCUCGAAAAAACUUUGUUCAGCGGUUGUUUGCAAGCGGAAAAAAGGAGUUUUUGUGACCGGAAGUUCAGUGCAAACGAGCAAAGGGGUCUCUGUUGUUCCGAAGUGUCCCCGCGUUUUUUGCAUACUUACAGUAGGUAUUGACGAAUUCAGGAAGUGAAAAUGGAAGAUUGCUCACAAAUUUGGAAAACAUUUUGGACUGUAAAUAGCAUGGUAAACAGUGGGAAUAAUAAGUUCAAAAAAUUGAAAAAAUUUCAAAAUAAAAAUUUUUUUUUUUUUGAAUUUUAUCAUAUAAUAAUGAUGAAAGAAGUGCUUCAAGUUAAUAGUGCAUGCUCAGCUCCUCAUCAACAACGGGAUUAGCGCGGAAAUCCGCGAUUAAUUUGGGGGGAUUUUGAAGGAAUCAAUUUUUCCAACGGUUUGGCGGGAUUCUCCGGCUGAAACCCCCGGAAAGUCGUAAAAAUCAUCGAAAAUUCGAGUGAACUUGUAAUGUCAGCGACGCAGCAUGCUUUGAUUUAUAUUUUUAAAACGGACAUUAGCCUUAUUUCAGCUUAUUUUUGCCAAAAAUCAUCAAAAUUUGCAGUUUAGCCUACUGUAAUAUAAAAUACUUCAAAAAAUCUUAAAAAUCAUGUUAUAAGCCAAUCGAUUUGUAGAUUAGAUAGAUCCUCAUGGAUAAUGCCGUAUUUUAAAAACAGUUUCAUGGGCCGUCUCACCUUUUUUUCAACACAAAAAUCAAAGAUUUGCCUACUACAAUAUAACUGAUGUCCAAAAUCUCAAAAUUCUCGCUAAAAAUCAAAACUACUAUACCUAAAAUAUAUCUUAAUCAACGUCAAAUACUCUACUCCAUCUAAUCCUCCCAAAUUUUCAGCCGUUUUCUCGCGUCCCUCCAAUCAAGAUGACGUGGAAGAGAUUCGCGAGCGCAACCUGCUCCAGACCCUGAUCCACUGCCGGAACGCCACUUUUGUGGAGCGAUUCAGCGCCAACAUCAAGACCAACGACGGACGACAGAACGACAUUGCGUUCGGGACCCGCUUCUACGACGCCGAACACACCGUGAAAGCGUCGCAGUCGGAGUUCAUGGUGGUGUUGAACUACCUGAAGAUGGCCGGAUUCCGCCGCUUUGGACUGGAUAACCUGGCUUUGGUGGGUUUUUAAUGAAUCCUAAGGGUUUUUGCUUCGUAUUUUACAAAAAAAAGUUGUUGAAAAGUGGCUGAAGCGUCGUAUUUUAGGCCUUUUCGUCAAGAUAUCGCUAAUUUCUCAUGAAAAUGAUGAUAAAUGAAAAAAUAAGCCCAAAGAUGGUCGUAUUUGAGGUUUUUUCUCUACAUAUAUUGUCUAUUAGCAUUUUUUCUAUUGUAAAGAAGGCUUUACAAUACUUGAUGUGUAGUUCUAAGUCUUGAAAAUUUAAUUUUUAUGUAUAAAACGACAAGAAUCUAAAUAUAUGGCGAUUUUUUGGGAAAAAAGUUAAUUUCAACCUCUAAAAUUGCGUGUAUCUUCAAGAUUGAGGUAAAAUACGAACUCAUUGUAUAAAUUAUGAAUUUUUGGAUCCUUUGAGAAUAAGAACUUUGAAGAUUUAACAAAAAAUCGUCAAAAAUCAGCAAAAAUUUGAUGAUUUUUGGUGAAAACAGUGUUUUUAUCACAGUAAAAGAGCCUCUAGAUCACUGUAGAUGUUAAAAUACGCUUUUCGUACCUCUUCUUUAUUAAAUCCAUCCAUUCCAGACCCGCCUCGCCGUCUCACUCUUCUACCAAUGGGUGUGCUUCACCUCCAUUACCGUAACCCUCCGCAACGGCGGCCACAACAUCAACGAGGUCUACUUUGUCGACGAAAGCCACCAUCCCGUCAAUGAAGCGACCGUUCACGCCUAUGUGAAGUCGUUUGCGUCAGUAAUUGGGAUCCCCGCCGACUCGGUUGAUUGGACGAAACCCGCCGAGUACUGUAUGGAAUAUUACCACUAUAAAUUGGCGGCCGCCAAGAAAUUGCACAUGGCCAGACUGGACGACACCGAAUUGUCGGUCAUGCUGCACAUUAUGGCGGUGAAGAUGGCGAUCCGAGCGUUCCCGGAGAACUCGCAACUCAACCCGCACUUGAACAAUGUUUUCGAGGGAUUGCGAAGCCAUUAUGAGGCCAAUUUUGAUGAUGUAGCGGUGAGGAUGGGCAAUCUGAUCUUGUUGAUCAAUGAGAUUGAGGUGAGUAGAAUUGGCAUACUGUAACAUACGAAAAAAUUCGAAAAAAUGAGGGAAAUCUGAGAUUUUUUGAAAGCUAUGGAUAAAUUGAUACAAUUUAUGAAAAUUAUGCUGGGGCCUGUUUCACGAACGCAAAAUAAAAAAAAUAGAAAUAUGAGUGAGCGAGGGAACAGAGAAAAUGCAUACGAAACGGGAGAGACGGCAGGAAAAUGAGGAUUGCGCCAAUUCUCAAUCGGAGUGACUUUUUACGCCCAAAAUUACGGGUUGGCGGUAGUAUUUGGGCCAUAACUUUCCUCUACUUGGGCCUACAAGCACCCUCCAAAAAUUCAAAUAAUGCUAAGACUGCGGGCUAUAUAGAUCUAUAAAAAUUUUUGCUCUACCGCCAAUGACAAAGUUACCAUAGGCGUUGCACAUCAACCACAAAAAAAAAAGUUUCAAAUCGGGAAAACUGUUUGCAUAACUUUGUUAGGGUGCCCAAGGGUAGCUCAAAUUAAAAAUUGGAAACGAGUCGGACUGACCAAAAAAUAGUAGUAGUAGUAGAUUUGAAAACCUUAUUUUAGACAUCUUUUGCUACUAAAUCGUUUCGUAACGAAGCAAUUGCCUAAAUUCUUUUUUCUAUGAGCAUAAUUAGAGUAUUUUUAGAGAACAAUAAGCAACCCUGUGUCAUAUACUAGCUUACUCACUCAAAAUUCCAAAAAAAGUGAUAUUUAGGUGACUAAAAUAAUAUUUUAAAAAUCUGUAAAUUUUGACUCAGCUAGGUCCACUAUGAUCUAAAAAGACAAUAAGAGCAUAAUUAGUGGCAUCCGCACCAGUUUAGAAGCUGUUCUAAGAACCUUGUUUUAGGUGAUAUUGGCCAUUUUUGAAAUUGGCGCAGCGAAGUUGAAACCAACUCCAAAAGCUCAGUAUAGCCUUAGAAAGCCAUCUCAAUUUACAUAGAUAGUUUUAAAACUUUGACUUCAGUCAUAAACUUUCAUUAUUUUUGGUAUAAGAUCAGGUAUGCUACUAUAAGGUAAAACUUUUUUUCGACCUAAGAGUUAAAAUUUUUGCAGUUAAUCUCCCUUAACAGGAUGUUAUGAGAUAAUAUAGUUAAUUAAUUAGACUAUUUAACGCUGUCGGACAUUAAAAGCUGCCUAAAGUAAUAUAAUCCAUAAGGUAAAAAAGCUUAAAAUCGCAUCUACUUUUUUAUUAUCUGUCCGAUUUGCUUCAAACUUCGCAUACUACCUUAGAAUGCAAUAUUCUGAAGAUCGUUGCAAUCACUUUCCGUGUUUCAAUCGUUUUAGACAAGUUAUUCGGCCGCAAAGUUUGCAAAAAUUCGAUUUUCUCCGGCCGUUUGUCGCUAACCUGGUGGCCGAAGAAGGCCAAAAUCUAUUAAUUUAAAAAAUAUGGGUCCUUGGCAAUGUUUUAAUCGCAGGUUCAUGUUAUUUUGUUCAUUACCCACUGCACAGUAAGCUAAAACAUUAGAGACCCUUAAAAAACCGAAUGCCAAAAAUCUUGGCAUUCUGUUUGUGGUUGAUGUGCGUUGUAGUGUUGAAUUCUUCUACUUUAUGACGCUGAAAGGCCUUUUUUCGCGUUAAUUGAAACAGUAAAAAAUUCUAAUUUAUGUCAGUCGAUAGACAAUUUAAUUCUCUACAAAACAUUUUUAGAGGGCCAACUGUAAGUCAUUUUUUGGCUGAGUAAUAACUGAUUUACUUUGACAAUCCCUCGAUUUUCAUCACAAAAAAUCUUUCGAAAGAGCCCUCAAAUCAAAACAAGAGAGAAAUUUUACGGUAAAAAAUGGGAUUCGGCUGGACUAAAUCACCCAUAACUUUAUCAGUUGGUGAGAUAUAGACGCCCCUCUAAAAAAAAUGAGGUAGCCAAGACAAUUUCUUUUACAAUUAUAUAAAAUUUUAUACUAAUAUUUUAUUAUUUGGAACAAAAACCUAUUUUUAUUCUGAAAAAAAUGAAAAAAUGUUGCAAACUGCCGCACUACUAUAAAUUUGUUCGUUCCGCAGAUCGCCAAACAUCCUAAAAACUUACAUUACUGUAAACCGCGGACUCAGGUCUAUAUGAUUUUUUUUAAACGGUGUCGAUCCGACAAUUUUGGACCAAGUUAUGAGGAAAUUAAUCUAGAAUUGCACAAAUUUUGUAGAAAAUAGAAAUAUGCGCAAUACUACAGCUAUUUUCGAGCGGGUUUUUGCAACAGUGCAACGAAACUUGCACACAUGACAGUCCAAACAGUUAGCAUUAUUCGAAAUUUUGAAGGGUGAUUCUACGCCCAUGGAGGGAAAAGUUAUGGCCGAAACACUGCCGCCAACCCUGAUUUUGGACGUAAAAAGUCACUCCGAUUGAGAAGUGGCGAAAUCCUCAUUUUUCUGCCGUCUCUCCCGUUUCGCAUGCAUUUCCUUUGUUCCCUCGCUCACUCAUAUUUCUAUUUUCUUUAGAAAUAUGAGUUUUUGCGUUCGUGAAACAGGCCCCUGAUUUUUGAAAAAUUUUUGUAUCAAAAAUACCUUCAUAAUUAGGUAAAGAUGAUUUCCUAAUAGUAAGCAUCUUGAAAAUAUCGAUUUUUUCUCUCAAAUUUUGACCUUUUCUGAAAUUUUGAAAUUUUCAUAAAUUAUUCAAAUUUUCCAAAAAUAUGGCAUUCUAAUUUUUCAAAAAUGUAAUUUCAUAGUCUGUAGAGCCUUAUAGUUUGAGAGCAGCCACUGUAUUGCGUGUAGUUUGGGUUGCAGGUGGGUAAACGAUGACUAAUUUCUUGCCCGACUUCAUACGAAUAUGACCUAUUUCGGUCACAAUGGUCCGAUUUUUCAAUAUUCUACUGUUUGCUCGAACAAACAGUUCACUAAUUUGUAGUCUGAAAUCGGUAUUUUUGGCGGUAUAAUCAUUCUUGUCAAAGACGAAAAAUUUUGAUGACUUAAAAAAAACUUGAUUUUUAUGCAAAUUUCAAAAAAAUUUUCUGGCUAAAACACUAUUUAUGUUAUGCAACAUACCUCAUAGGUUAUUUUAAGACUAUAAGUUUAGAAAUUUCCCUACAACUUUAUAACAAAUUUGACGUUUUUUCCCAAACACUAGCUAUCAGAUGAACAAUAUAAUCACAACUCACAAAUCACAUAAUUACACCCCCAACUGCUUCGAAAAUUGACACCGUAACACAUACUAUAGUGUGGGAUGGGAGCGUAACAUAGGCCCGGCUAAUUCCCGACAUAUUUUCCCCGGGGACGAACCACUCAAAAAUUGUCAUCGCUUUUACGGUAGGAAGCGGAUUUGAUGGCCUUGUGACGCCUUUGAUGAGGAAAAUGUAGGCCAGAAAUGUCUUUUAUGAUGCCCUACAUGGCCAUGAGUAACUCGAGUGUUCGAUAAUUAGGCCAUAUUGCGGUGAGGGAUACGGUAAUUGCGUCGGGGUUUGGAAACGUUUUUGGGGGAAGAGAGCCACUUUGUUUUGAUGAUAAAACGGGAUCAUUAGAGGGGCAGAGGGAAAUAGUGAAGUCAGCAGGUAAUAUGUCCUUUGAGGAUGAUAUAUAAUUCUUAAACAUUACAAAAAAUUCCCGAAAUUUCUCAAAAUUUAAGAUUUUUGUGAGAGGUGAAAAAAAUGAAGUUGAUGGUUAAAAUAAGGUCAUAAAUGAUUCUAAGCAUAUUCUUUUGAUGAGAUUGCCCUCUCAGACUAUAAAUGACACUCUAGUCUUUAUAAUUUAUUUAAAAAAUUUUAAAAAAACCAACGAUUUUAUCAAAUUUUAUGCUAAUUUUCAUUUUCUUUCAGACCGUCACCUUCCGCCUUGAAGAACUUGUGGUCUGCCUGCAGAACAACGGCUACCGAUCGAUUCUGGCCAACCUGAUCCACUCCAAAAUGCUCGCCGACCAGUACCGCAGCAGCUACGGGCCGUACGCGCAGCCCGACAUUGCGGCGCGCUCGAGUUCGGCGCCUCCGGCGAAAUUGCCCAAGUUCCCGGUGGAUGAGCGGCAAACCCACUCGGAGGACAUCAAAAUGGAGAUCAACUACGACAGCAACCAGAACAUUGAUGUUGUCAGUGUGUAG